AAAGGGCUCAUCACACUCGUUUUCCACUUCCAUGCGCUUACUUGCUGAUAGCUCUGGUAUACGACUAUGAGUAGUAAUUCGACCGACACCACAAGCUCGACCUCGUCGGUAUCAACGACGUCCCUGACAUUGUUGUCUACUGUGUCCACCACGUCCACCACGUCUACCACGACAUCAAGCACAAGCACAAGCACCUCUUCAACCUCCACGCCUUCCACUACAUCGUCCAGCAGCUCAGCGACGACCUCUACUACCAGUUCCACAACUGGUGUGGUUACGACUGCCUCAAGUCCAUCUACCACCAAUGCUACGACUUCCUCUUCGUCUUCCGCUUCAACACCUUCUCUGGUUGUGUCAACAUCGACUGAUGCACAAGGGGGACUUGUAACCAUAACUGUAACGAGCAACGCUCGGAAUGUUCCAAGUCAAACGGGAGUGGGUUCCGGAAGUAGUGGUGAUUCCUCGUUUUUUGACAAUACUAGUGCUGUCGCUGGGACGUUCGCUGCAGUGGGUAUUGUCGCUUUGGGACUUCUCAUCUUAAUAGUCACAGUUGUCAUUCGUCGUCGCCGUGCCAAGAAAUGGGACGAUGAGGUGGCAGCGGCAGCUGCCGAAGCUGCCAACUCUCGUGUGCCUGUUUUUCUGGACGACCCUUUGGAGAGACGAUAUGGGGACAACAACAAUGACCACGGAUAUAGUGGUGUUGCGCCUUCAGUCUAUCCAGGAAGCUCCGCCCCUUACGCUCCUACUGGAUACAACAACGUUGGCAAUCAUUCAGAUGUUAGCUCGCACGGAACUUAUGGUCAGCCUGCGAUGAGUCACGAGGGCCAGUAUCCAGAGAUGUCAGGACCCGUACCUGGCGGCAUUUUCGAUCACAAUGCCGCAUACGCUGGUGCAGCGGGUAUAGGUGUCGCCCGUGCAAGAAGUCGCGGCGCAGAAACCAUGGCGUCAGCAAACACUCGAAAUACCGGUCCCUCUGGGGUGUCGGACUACCACAGUGCAUAUGCGGCUGGUGUAGGCGAGAACGGUUCCCCGUAUCCUGCAUUUCUAGCCCCCGGCGGUUAUGAUAUGUACAAGAAUGCGGCCAAUCAAUAUCACAUCAAUGGAUCAGAUCAACAACUCAUCCAUAACCCUGUCAGUCCGGGACCCGAAGGAGGCACAACCCAUGCGAAUGCUAUGGCAUCUGUUGCUGCUGCUGCCGCUGCCGGUAGUGGUACAGGCAGUACAGAACAGACCCCUGGUAGCGAAUCGUAUGCAUCACAUUAUGAACCUGGGUUCUCUGGCUCUGGUUCUCCUAAUCGAACGGACGGAGCCUCGCGAAGUCCAGAUGUUAGUGGACGUCCUAGCAUUGAUAACCUACAAACUCGUCGUGAGGAAUUGCCGAACCCGUUCACAUCUGGGAUUGAGAGUGAUGAUGAGAGUGAUGGCGAGGAAGAAGUUCCCGGUCGGCGGGUGCUCAAGGUGGCCAAUGAGUGAUCAACCACCGUUUGACCUCGGCGACUCUAUGCCUGUCACCUCGAAAAGGCGCUUCCAGUCACCUACGUUUUUCCUCUCUGUGCAGUCUCGGGUUUUGUGGAUGUAUGUAUGUGUCGUGAACCCUCCUUCGUUCGUCGCUCGUUCAAUCUCUGUUAUAAUAUCUUCCGAUCCCCCUUUACCUUUCCAACUCUACCGUUACCCCUCCACUUCAACGCCAUCCGCUGUUGUUUAUUAAUUCUUUAUAUCCCGUUGCAACAAUGGUCCGAUGUCGAAUAAUGGGUCAUUCCCCUAUUCGCU